AUGGGGAACCGCGGGAUGGAGGAUCUCAUCCCGCUGGUAAACCGGCUGCAGGACGCGUUCGCCGCCAUCGGGCAGAAUGCCAACCUCGACCUGCCGCAGAUCGCCGUGGUGGGGGGGCAGAGCGCCGGCAAGAGCUCCGUGCUGGAGAAUUUCGUCGGGAGGGACUUCCUGCCGCGUGGAUCUGGCAUCGUAACCAGGCGCCCACUGGUCCUGCAGCUGGUGAACGCCAGCACAGAAUAUGGUGAGUUCCUACACUGCAAAGGGAAGAAAUUCACUGACUUUGAGGAGGUCCGUUUGGAGAUUGAGGCUGAAACAGAUCGUGUCACUGGCUCCAACAAAGGGAUCUCCCCCGUGCCCAUCAAUCUUCGAGUCUACUCUCCCCAUGUCCUGAACCUAACCUUGGUGGAUCUACCGGGUAUGACAAAAGUCCCAGUGGGAGACCAGCCCCCUGACAUUGAGUUUCAGAUCCGAGACAUGCUCAUGCAGUUUGUCACCAAAGAGAAUUGCCUCAUCCUGGCAGUCUCCCCAGCCAACUCUGACCUGGCUAAUUCUGAUGCCCUGAAGAUUGCCAAGGAGGUGGAUCCACAAGGGCAGCGCACUAUCGGAGUCAUCACCAAGCUGGAUCUCAUGGAUGAGGGAACCGAUGCACGAGACGUGCUAGAGAAUAAAUUACUGCCCCUGCGCAGGGGUUACAUUGGUGUAGUCAACAGGAGUCAAAAGGACAUUGAUGGCAAGAAGGACAUCCAGGCAGCUCUGGCUGCAGAGAGAAAAUUUUUUCUCUCCCACCCAGCCUACAGACACAUGGCUGACCGCAUGGGGACCCCCUACCUGCAGAAAGUACUGAACCAGCAAUUGACCAACCACAUCCGUGACACCCUGCCAGGGCUGCGGAACAAGCUCCAAAGCCAACUUCUCUCCAUUGAGAAGGAGGUGGAAGAGUACAAAAGCUUCCGACCUGAUGACCCUGCUCGCAAGACCAAAGCUCUGCUCCAGAUGGUCCAGCAGUUUGCUGUGGACUUUGAGAAACGUAUUGAAGGCUCUGGAGACCAAAUUGAUACCUAUGAGCUGUCGGGAGGAGCAAGGAUUAACCGCAUCUUCCAUGAACGCUUCCCCUUUGAACUGGUGAAGAUGGAGUUUGACGAGAAGGAGCUGCGACGGGAGAUCAGCUACGCCAUCAAGAACAUCCACGGCAUCAGAACCGGUCUCUUCACACCUGACAUGGCCUUUGAGACCAUUGUGAAAAAGCAGGUGAAGAAGAUUAAAGAGCCUUGCCUGAAAUGCGUGGACAUGGUCAUUUCGGAGUUAAUCAAUACCGUUAGACAGUGCACCAAGAAGCUCAGCCAGUACCCUCACCUGCGCGAGGAGAUGGAGAGGAUUGUGACCACCCACAUCCGUGAGAGGGAGGGCAGGACCAAGGACCAGGUCAUGCUCCUGAUAGACAUCGAGCUGGCUUACAUGAACACAAACCAUGAGGAUUUCAUUGGCUUUGCCAAUGCUCAGCAGAGAAGCAGCCAGAUGAGCAAGAAGAAGGCAGCUGGCAACCAGGAUGAGAUCCUGGUCAUCCGAAAGGGCUGGCUCACCAUCAACAACAUUGGGAUCAUGAAAGGUGGCUCCAAGGAGUAUUGGUUUGUCCUGACAGCGGAGAACCUCUCCUGGUACAAGGAUGAUGAGGAGAAGGAGAAGAAGUAUAUGUUACCAGUGGAUAACCUGAAACUGCGAGAUGUUGAGAAGGGCUUCAUGUCCAGCAAGCACAUCUUUGCUCUCUUCAACACUGAACAGAGGAAUGUUUACAAGGACUACCGGCAGCUGGAGCUGGCCUGUGAGACCCAGGAGGAGGUGGAUAGCUGGAAGGCUUCGUUCCUUCGUGCAGGAGUCUACCCAGAGCGUGUUGGGGACAAGGACAAAGCCAGUGAAGCAGAGGAGAAUGGAUCAGACAGUUUCAUGCACUCCAUGGACCCUCAGUUGGAGAGACAAGUAGAAACAAUCCGGAACCUGGUGGAUUCCUACAUGGCAAUUGUCAACAAAACCAUCAGAGACCUCAUGCCGAAGACAAUCAUGCACCUCAUGAUAAACAAUACCAAGGACUUCAUCCACUCGGAGCUGCUGGCCAACCUGUACUCCUGUGGUGACCAGAACACGCUGAUGGAGGAGUCUGCAGAGCAGGCACAGCGGCGUGAUGAGAUGCUGCGCAUGUACCACGCCCUGAAAGAAGCCCUCAACAUCAUCGGGGACAUCAACACCAGCACCAUCAGCACCCCCAUGCCACCACCGGUGGACGACUCCUGGCUGCAGGUGCAGAGCGUACCAUCCGGACGCAGGUCUCCUACGUCCAGCCCCACGCCGCAGAGGAGGGCUCCCGCGGUUCCCCCUGCCAGACCUGGGUCUCGAGGCCCAGCUCCUGGACCACCUCCUGCUGGUGGGUCCACACUGGGUGGUGCCCCUCCUGUGCCCUCCAGGCCAGGUGCCUCUCCUGAUCCCUUUGGGCCCCCACCUCAGGUUCCUUCUCGGCCUAAUCGUGCUCCUCCUGGUGUUCCCAGCAGAAGGGGCCCUGCCUCACCUACUCGACCUACCAUAAUCCGACUGGCUGAACCGUCCCUCUUAGAUUUAUAA